AUGAAAUCAUUUAAUCACCCCAAACAAAGAAGAGAUUAUAUAUAACUGUUUUAUUAUAAUUUGAGAAGCCUUGAAUAAUUUAAAAUAUGUUCUAAUAAUAUUUUAUUUUUCAUUAAUAUGAUUAAUUUUAUUUUAUUUUUUGUUUUCCUUAAUAUAAUCGUUAAUGGGGAAAUAGUUUUGGAAAGCUUCACUAAUGUCUAAUAAACAAAUGAUAAUAGCACAUUUAACAUAUAAAAUGAUGAAUAUUGUUUUUGCAAUUUGAAAGUCAGAGAGGUUGAUGAUAGAUGUUGUUGUGAUCCAGACAUUAGUAAUACUUCGUCCACACUUCCAAGUGAUUGUCUAUUAGGAUCUGUAAAAAGGACAUGCAUUAAAAAAUAUAUUUUAUCAAGAUAAAAUGUCGACUAAUGUAAUAUUCAAAAUUAUUAUUCAGGGAUCUAAGUUGAAGAACAAGGCAAUUAAAUAUGCUUUAUUUAUGAGAAAAGCAGUCUUUCAACAUCCGGUGUCACUAUGCCAUAAGCCUACAAUAAUCCGACAUAUUUGUAAGACUAUUUUAAAGUUAAUAUUAUACCUGAAACUAAAGUCUCAAAAGCUGAUGCCCUUUAAGUUGCAAUUUAUUAAACGAAUGAUAAAUCUAAUAUACUCGUUUAUAGAGAUUCGAAUGGAAUAUGCAAACAAACAAAGAGAUUCAUAAAUUAUAAAUAGAUUCAAAAAUAAAGUUGCUUAAUGCUUGCUUGUUAAACCAAUUUACAAACCAUAACAUCUACUAGUGCAUCGACAUAGUUUUACUCGAAAUCAUCAACAGUCUUUACAUUAUCAGCAACUAAGCCUGGUGGAUGUUUGAUAGGUUAAUCAGUAUUUAUGGGAACCUCUGCUGUAACAACUACACCAAGUUUUACAUCUAACACAUUCGCGUACUUUUCAAGCGAUCAAACCUUAUACAAUUAUGUUAGUGAAGUGGUCUAUGCUAAUGCAUGUAAAUAUACAACUUAUCUUUGAUAGCCACUAACUCUAAUUUUUAAGGAAAGGCUGGAUAUGACUAUGGAUAGUAUGUUCAAGGACAUGUCAAUUUAUAAACAAAUCCUUUUGGAUACAAAAUUUAUAGAGGCAAAGCAUCUACCUCAGAUUCAACUUGCACCUUGUCUGAUGAUCAGAACCCCCUUAAUUAUGAACCUCUUAGGUUUGGUUAAAACUUAUAAUUUUCAUGCUCAUAUUCCCUUAAUUAAACUACUAUCUCUACAUUUUCUUGGUCUGGAUUGUAAAUAUUUAACAGCUUCCCUUACAGUACUCUGUUAGGACUUGCAAGAACUCCUUUAUUUGGAACUAGUAGUUUAGACUUUGUCAAUACCACAACAGAAGUGCCUUAAACAGAUUAUAUAUAUUUUACAUAGCAUGUACUAAUCUUUACAGAUGAAUUUGGAAUGAAAGAAGGUAGAUAAAAUUACAUCUCGUCAUUUAAAAUUGUUUAUUCAAAUGCAAUUCUAAAGACAAACAUACCUGCAGAUACAAAAAUCUAUAGAUUUAAUUUAAAAGUUAGAUUUAUCAACCUCCCUCAUGAUGAUAUCGAAAAUUCUGUUCCAUAAGAUCCACCUUUCAUACCUUAGUUACCAUCAGAUAUAUUCUUCCCAAUUUGGUAUGAAACCUUUGGUUCAUUAAUCAGUACAAUAAUGAUUGUUUUUAUAUUUUAUAUUUGA